UGGACUGUGGAUUCUUGGUCAAUCCUUCUCGGGCCGCGGAAAAGGAAAGAACACGAAAACCGAACCGAGUGUCGACAUUUUUUUUUGAAUUCAGAAAAGUCCGUUGAUAUCACACAAAAUAUCCACGAGCGGUUGUUUCGUAUCGAACAAAAAAUCACUUAGUAAUAAAAAAUAUUUUUUUUUAAAUAAUAAACCGCAUUCGCGAAUACCUCAAGGACCAGAACUCUGAAAUAUCCAUGACUAUAUCAAUAUAAGCCAAAGAAUUUUUUUACGUGCCGUGUCAACAGUGUACGUGUGCCUGACCCAAACCAAAGCGAAACGGAAUCCCCAGCACACAGCACCCACCAGAGAAACCAAAAUGAUCAGCACAACGGAUUACCCUCUAACAGAGACAGCCACAGCGGCAGCAACAAGCGACGAGCUGUACGCGGAGUUCAUCUCCGCCCCGGCGAGCAGCAUGAGUCCCGAGGCCAUUGCGGAUCACAUGCAGCAGAACCGGAUCACCUUCGAGAUACCCAGCGCCCACGAUCUGCGGCACAUCGACGCCCUCAACUCGUUCAACGCCUUGCUUCAGCGGAUCGGCAAUGCCGCGGUCUCCUACGACGCCGCACCACCCUCCGGGUGGGCGCACGAAGGCAGCAUCAGCACCGAGCAGCUCUCCAAGUCGGUGGUGCUGGACUUGGCCGACCUGCGUGAUCGGGCCGAGGAUAGCGGCGAGUCGGCAGGCUGGUGGGGCCAGAUCUUCGGCGACGCCGAUAUGCAUGUGAUAAUUAACUAUCUGUGGAUCGGCGUGGUCAGCUCCCUGGUAGUGCUAUCCCUGGUCUUCAUCCUGUUCAGCUGUUACUUCUACCGAAAGUUCCGCACAUGGAAGAAAUGCAAUAAGGAUAUGCGUGCACAGAUCCAUGCCGCCAACGAUUCCUAUUCCUCGCACGGAGCAGGCUCUCCUGGUCACCUGGUCAGCUGCGAUGCCAGCCGCCUGCUCCUCCAGCAGCCGCAGCAGCCAUCAGCUGGGAACAACAAUGAGGCGGCGUUCUACCAAAUCGAAUCCCCACCCUGCUAUACAAUUGCCACCGGGUUGCCCAGCUACGACGAGGCCCUGCAUCACCAGCCUCGUCACUUUGCCUACGGCAUGAAGUUUGUGUACCCCAGUCUGGCAGCUGUGCAUCAUCAUCACCAUCAUCCACGCACCGCCCGCACACCCAUUUGGGAGAAGGACGAGCUGCAGCAGCAGCAGCAGCAGCAUCACCAACUGAAUAAGCUGCAAAAGUGCAAACUGUCAGCAGCAGCAGCAGCAGCCGCGGAGGAGGACAAAGCCUGCAUCUCCAUCUCCGUCUCUGGCUCCGAAUCGGCCACAGCCAUGCCUGCCAUUUGCAUUAACAUGCCGGAUGAGCAGGUCCGGGAGGAGCAGGAGCAGCAGCAGGAGCAGGAGCAUGCCGAGCCGGAGCAGAGGGAUCUGGCUGUGGUGCCGGCACAAAGUUUACUGCCGGCGGCUGCUGCUGACGAUGAUUGCGCCACAUUGGUUGUUGUUGUUGCCGCGUGAUUGCCCAGACAGUAGGCAGAGGAAGUGGAAGUGGGAGUGGAAGUGGAAGUGAGAGGGGCGGAGAGGGGCGUCAACUGGGACCGUGGAGAGAUCAGGGAAAGCAGCCCAAUUGCUUAGUCACUUGUAAAUAGUCGCGUCGUCUGCUGCUAAUGUUGUUUCCAAUGUAGAGACUUAUAGCCUAAUAACAUAAUUCUUAACCAAAAUGCAAUGUUUGCUACCUAUACUCGUACUCGUAUAGACACACUCUCCCAACAGCAACAGCCCCAGUUGCCCCUCAAACUGAUUUGUUAUAUUUAUAUUCAUAUUUAUAUUAUUGUAUUAUGCAAGACUGAGUAUUUUUUUCUUUUUUUUUUUAAUAUAAGUAUAUUAAUGUAUUAUGUAUUUAAACUAGUUGUCUAUCCAUUAAGCCUGACUGUUAAGAGCGAAAAAAUACAACACUCAAAUGAAAACACUCCGUGCUAACUAAA